UCGACUACGCGAAGUGUUCCUGUUUGUUCUCAUUAAAAAUUACACUUUUUAACUUUAUAAGUGUAAAAAAAAAUCCUUAAAUGUUAAAUAUCUUUUUAUAUAAAUUAAAUAUAAUUUAAAUUCCAAAAAUAAAAAUAAAAUAAAUCAAAGCGAAUAGAAAGUGUUAUGUUUAUGAAAAAGAGAAUGUAACACAGUCGUUGCUAAUAACGCAAUCUUGUGGAUGAAUAAAUUAUUAGUUCUUUAUGGUAUAGUUUUGUGGGUAGAUCCUUUGGAUUAUGGCCAAGAAAAUACCAUUUAAUGUAGUAUUUGCAUCAGAUGAAGAUCCAUCAUUUCCAGCCAGUGAGUUGAAUUCACAUGGCCCAACAGUGCAUGGAUGGCGAAGCAGUCCUGGAAAUAAUAUUAGCCCACACGAUAUAGUUUUACGUUUUCACAAACCGGCCAAAAUAUGUCGCAUACAAAUCUUAGCCCACCAGUAUCUUAUUCCUGAAAAAGCUGAACUCUGGCUUCACUAUUCACCGAAAGGGAUACCAAGCACUCCUUCCAGCCAAUGUUUUGAUUUUUUAGGUUUUAUAUCACUUUCUGAUAAUUCUGGAACAAAUUUCAAAUCACGAGAACUUCAAAGUGUCACGGUGAAUCCUAGAAAAGGAACUCAUCUGAAAUUACGACUUAGCACACCACAUAGAAAUGAUUUUAAUACCGAGGGGCAAAUAGCUCUGAUAGCAGUCAAUGUAUUGGGGGAAGAUUUGGAAUGCAAUUCUAAUGGGGACGAUACUUCGGGGGGAGGUGAAGUCCAGCUGACAGAAAGUGGUGAGCCAGCAUUGGCUUCAAUUUGUGAUGAUCUCUUAUUCUCUAUGUAUGUGGAGGAAUCAAUUGCAGAGAUCAUUCGAGAAAUGGAAGAGAAAAAAUCAAAAGCUGUUAACGAUGAGAGGUUUGAGUAUGCUAGAAAGCUUAAAUUAUGCAUGACAUCUUUAAAGGUGGCAGGAGAACGGCUUGGUCGGUACUCGUUAGCAAAGAGACAAGCUGUUCAGCAGGAAGAUUUCACUACAGCGAAAUUGAGGAAGGAACAGAUUGAAAUGUAUCGAAGGGCUGUUUUGAAGCAACUCCUGGUCGAUCAGCUCCUAGAACGUAACGGUGUAGUUGCCGACAACGACUUAGCUUCUGAAGUUUACUCGUCAAAGCCCACUUUGCCAACAGCUCCCAGUCUCCAAGAAGUUGCUACGGCUCUGGCUGAAGCACAUUUUACAGCCACAAUGAGUCCCAAGAGUGCACAAGAAGACAAAUCAUCGACUGACGGUGGUAGUUCUGGGGGAGGAGUUGGAGCCCAUAGUACGGCAAGUGAUACCCACUCAACGCACUCGACUGGAAGUCAUCGGAAAUCUCAUGAUGACAUCCCAAACUCUCCUAAGCUUAACAUUGGUCGCAGUCCAAGUCGGGGUUCUCCCAUGUCGAGUCAUCAGGGUUCUCUUCGAAGGCGCAACAAAAGUGCUCCUCGGAAUAGCUACGAAGACUACGAAGAGCGCGCUAUUCCCACAUUGAGACAUUCACAUACUAAUGAAUUUUUAAGGGAAUGCCAAGGCACAGCGCUACUCGAUGCGGAUCCGAACAGGGGACGAUCACGCUUGAACGACCGGGAACGGCGACAGGCUGCGCUACCAAUUUUGGUGUUUGGAAAUGAAUUGGUUGAGCAAUUCUACUCUCGUCAAUUUCAAGAUCGUGAAGAUGGCCUCAUGCGUCUUCGGAACUUUCUUAAGGGACAAGAGACCGAAGGGGAGUGUGUUGCAGGGGCAAACAAAGUCGCGAGGAGUGCUGCUUUGCUGUUGCAUCGAGCUGUUCGGGAUGCUGUUUACUCAGUUUUUAGUCAGGCUACGGAAACUGUGAGAGUGCUGUUUUUGGAGUUCGUUCCCAGUCGGGUGUCACAAAGUGAGGUCGCCCGUUGUGUGGAUCGUCUUCUACCAGAGUUAUUGGCAAAAAGUGGAGAUCCAUCUCCCCGGAUUCAUACUCUGGCACAGCACACAAUAUUGAGUAUAGCCGCAUGCCCGGAAGUGAGUGAACAGCACUUAGUUGCACCCGCACUAUCUCGAACUGUCAGUUCAGGCACUCAUCCACGAUUGGCUUUGAGUCGCAUGCAGAUGUUGGAGCAAUUAGUUCUAAGUCAAGGAAUCAGCACAGAUAAGCAUAGUGGCUUGACAUGCAGAGCUUUAUCAGAGUGUGGGUGCUCCGGAAUACACCAUCCAGCCGAACCAGUUCGUAAAGUGGCCGAACGAAUUCUCUUGCUGGUAUAUAAAGUGAAUCCAAGGCUUGUAAGGAAACAAUUGCCACCAGAUGAUGAUAUCACAAGAAGAAAUCUCUUGUAUCGUCAACUCUUCACAGAGUUUGAUAAGCUUGACAUGGAACGAAAGAAAGAAAUGCUUGAAGCUAAUAAACACUUCUCAGGUCCUUCUAGUGAUCCUAUCUCACCACCAUCAAAUAGAAGUAGUGACAAACAACAAAAUACACGAGGAGGAGGAGAACUUUCCUAUGAUAGUAGAGUUGGUUUUGGAUUUGGAACAAAGAGUCCUGAUUCUCAAUCCAGCCCAAUGCGGCGUUCAGAAACAAGAAUUCUUAAAAGCAAAAGUGGUCAAUCGAUCAGUCAAAAUGCAACUGUAAGCAAUGGACAUGCAGCUGGAAUUGCCUGCAAUGGAAAGCAGGAAUACAAUGAGAAAGUAAAACAAUCGAUGAUUUCUAGUAAUUCAAGAAAAAGUUCGAACUCAAAUUCGAAUUCGGAAUCACUCGAGGAGCCUGAUGUGAUACGAUGUCCAUUUUGUGAUUGGUCUUGUCAUGGUGAACAGGCGCACUUAGACAGGCACUACUGGAAGUCUUGUCCAUUUUUGACGAAAUGCCCUCAGUGUAGCCAAGUUUUAGAAGUUGCAGCAUUGAAUUAUCAUUUGACAAAGGAAUGCGAAGCAAAAAACAGUUACAUAAACUGCGAUCGUUGUACAGAAUCUGUUCACAAACAGUUAUAUGAGCUACAUCAAAUGGAAGACUACUGUAGAGAACUUAAAACUGGAGCAGCUCGUUGUCCCCUCUGCCACGACGAUGUUCACUUGCCCCUAGAUGGUGGCUGGAAAUUGCAUUUAUUGAGUUCAUCUGGCUGCCCAGGAAAUGCUCGACGAAGGACAAAAAAACAAACAAAUUAGAAAAAAAAAACAA